AUGAAAAUAAAAACAAAGGAAACGCGAAACAGCAUAGAUCGUGAACCGCGUCUUUUUUCAACAACUCAUUUUAAAUUUCUUGCUGACUCAUCUACACGUCGCGUUCAUGACUACUUCAAGAAGGAAAAAGCUUCUAAUUGGUGUCUUCAAAGCUACAUUAUGUAUAUUAUUAAUACCGAAAUUAUCGAUUAUUAUCAAGCUCUUGUACUGUUCUUUGAGAGUUUAGAUCAGUUAAAUCGACUUAUAUCUAUUCCCCUUCCAAUCAAAGCUUUCUGUUUCAAUUAUAUUUCCUGGUUAAAGUCUUAUACAGGAAUUGCUACUAUUAAAGCUUGUCGCAAAUUCUUUGAUGCCAAGGCAGUGCAAAGUCUGUCUGCUUCCAUCUACAAUACCGUUGAGACUACAAUAUGUCUUAACGCGAAGACAGAAGCCCUCCAAGCUCAUAUACAAUCAAAAUCUUUAAUAUCAUCUAAAACUCCUCCUCAAACUUAUCAGAAUUUAAAAUUAACGCAUUUAAAGACAACUUCUAAUAAGCGACCAUUAAAAAAGGAUGAAGUUCAACAGUAA